AUAUAGGAGUCUAAAUAAGUUGUGCGUAUUUAAUUAAUAAAUAUAUCCAAAAAAUCAAAUCAAUUCGAAAGAGAAAUUAUGUAUAGAAUUAAUGUUAACCGAUAAAAAAACAUGAAUAUACAAAAGUGUCCUGUUAACAGAAGUCCGGAAGAAUCGGCUAAUUUAUUUAGUGCUUUAACUUUUUGGUGGCUCAAAGAUAUAUUUAAAAAAGGAUCGAAAAGGAUAUUAACGUUAGAAGACAUUUACGAUCCUUUGAAGCGCAACGAAUCGAAAAGGCUUGGAGAUUUGCUCGAAAAAGAAUGGUGCCGCGAGUUGGAAAAAAUAGAAAAUAACGAAUAUUUAUUAAAAAAAUACGGUAAAAAGAAAUUUGGCGAAAGUACAAAGCCGUCCAUAAAGAAAGCUAUAUUUCGUAUAUUUGGGAGAAAAUAUAUAUUAUUAUCAAUACUCGUAUUUAUAGAAUGUAUAAUAUUAAAACCGUUACAACCAAUUCUUCAAACAUGGAUCAUUAAUUAUUUCAAUGUUUCUUCAAAUUCUAAACAAAUAACGAAGGAAGAAGUAAUUGGAUAUGCAUUCGGUUUAGUCCUCGAUAUUGUUAUUACUGUUAUUCUUGAUCAUCAUGUGCAUUUACGAAGUCAAGAAAUAGGAAUGCAAAUACGUGUCGCUUGCAGUUCUCUGGUAUACAGGAAGAUAUUACGGCUAAAUAAAAUAUCGCUAACGCUAACAACUAAUGGUGGGCAAAUAAUUAAUAUUCUAAGCAAUGAUAUGAGCCGUUUUGAUGUAGUAAGUCCUUAUCUGCAUUACGUAUACAUUGCACCAAUUCAGUUCGUAGCAACAACCCUAAUAAUGUGGAUAAUGGUUGGAAAUUCAGUAUUUAUUGCUAUUGGUUGUUUUUUACUGAUCUCUUUACCAAUUCACGGAUAUUUCCCUAUAAUAAGUAAUCGUGUGAGAGCAAAUAUAGCAAUAUUAACAGAUAAAAGGAUACAACUUAUGAGCGAAUUUAUAAAUGGCAUACAGGUGAUUAAAAUGUAUUGCUGGGAAAACCUGUUCAGUAAAUUUCUGAUGGCAACACGUAUCGCGGAAAUGAAAAAAAUUCGACUCGCCGCGUUAAUUCGAACAUUGUCUCUUUCGAUGUUAGUUUAUACUGAGAGAAUCGCACUAUUUAUUUUUAUGGUAUCAUACGCUCUUAUGAACGGAACUUUAAAUCCUGAGCAUACAUAUCUUUUGGCAACAUACAUCAACAUAUUACAAUUAACAUUAAUCAUGCAUACUCUGCAAGGUCUAAUGUUAUGGAACGAGACUAAAAUAAGUUUCAAUAGAAUCCAGGAAUUUUUAAUGUUGGACGAAGUUAUAUCAACCACUGAAACGUCAUUGACGACAGCGAAAUAUAAAAAAAGGAGAUAUAAAAAUGACUUAGAGAGUUGUAGGAUUAUUUUCAAGAAUGAAGAACCAGUGAUAAAUGUUGAACCGAUUAAGCCGGCAUCCAUUCAAUUAAUUAGGGUGUCAGCAAACUGGGUGUCUAAUAAAUUACCACCGACUCUGUGUAACGUUAAUUUGAAAGUAGAUUCAGGCCAGCUUUGUAUUUUGUUUGGUCAAGUUGGUGCAGGAAAAACGGCCCUUUUAUACGUACUUUUGAAAGAACUACCUUUGGGUGCUGGAACCAUAAAUAUUCUUCAAAACAUGAAAACGAAAAUGGAAUCACAGACUGACUUAAAACAAUUCUUCACCGAUAAUCCAAACAUUACAAUUUCUUAUGCCUCUCAAGAACCGUGGCUUUUUGAUGGAACCAUCAAAGAAAAUAUUCUUUUCGGACGUGUAAUGUCUAAGAAUCUUUUACAGCAAGCAGAAAUGGCUUACCGACGAAAUUCUUUACAAAAUAGUCUAAAAUUAUCUACGAGUAGCUUCAAUAUAAAUGACUUAUCAUUUCAUGAUAAUCUUGAAUAUAUAUGA